CUAAUUGGUCUAUAGACCAUCCACACUCCCUAUCCUCGAGAUAAGGGACUCCUAAAUUGUGACAAUGGUCACUAGACCAGAUGAAUCCACUCGGCUACGGGUGGCACAAUUGGCCUUUCGGAGAUGCUUUGCAUUAGUCACUCUGGUCCAUCUUAUAUAUAUGCAAGAUAAAGCAAAUUUUUCUUUUAUUUCAUAAAUUCAAAGUCGAAAGAUUAACGAUACAACGGCAUCGCUUAUUUUGCUUUAACUCUUUCCGACCUGUGGGGGACUAAGAGAGCUUUUUUAGCAAUCCGAUUAUGGGUUCGGCCAUGCCCACAAUGACGCGGCUAGAAGGACAUAUCCGGCACAGACCACCACCGAAAAAUUGCUGGAGUUGCUGGCCUAGACACGAUCCCAGAUUCUCCAGAGCGGUAUGAUGACGCUUUAAUGGCUUCGGUAAUCCGGCCGUUGAAGAAACUCUCAUAACUUUCCAAUCAGCAUAAUACUAUGAGGAAUCCGAAUUUCGAUCGGAUCCUCAGAAAUUUUCAAGAAGGCUUACAAUGGGGCUAAGUGGUCGCGCCUUACCACUUAGCCGUUCUGUUGUGAACGAAUAAUGAAAAUACAUCUUUAUUUCACAGAUAAUGGCUGUAAUUUAAAGUAAUUUUAUCUGAUUUAAUUGCAUUGUUAACAGCAUCAACAAUCAAACUCAUAAUUGAAUUGUUCUCUUGUUAUAAAAUAUUAUCUCGGUGAACAGUAAGAAAAAACAAAUUUUAUAGGAUGUCAUCUUCAAAUCAAACAGAACAGAAUGAAGGGACCAAAGACGAUCGUGUAAGCGACACUGAAAAAAUAAUCCAAAAUGAAGUUGUGGAACCUAAAGAAAUCCUCCCAGAACAAUCACAAACAGUGGUAGCAGAUGACACAGAUAAGAUGUGUACUGAUAGUGGUUUUCCCGAUGAUUCGGGCGAUCAUUCGACAAUCGAAAAUGAUCAUCUCACUGACGUAAAUAUGGAAAGUCCUGCUACCGAAAUAAUUAACAAGGAAGACGAGGAAAAAAGUCCUGCUACCGAAAUAAUUAACAAGGAAGAAGAGGAAAAAAGUCUUGCUACCGAAAUAAUUAACAAGGAAGAAAAGGCAAAAAGUUCUACCGAAAUAAUUAACCAGGAGGAGGAAAGUUCUACCAUCGAGAUAAUUAACCAGGAGGAGGAAAGUUCUACCAUCGAGAUAAUUAACCAGAAGGAAGAAAGUUAUGCCACUGAGAUAAUUCACAAUGAAAAUUCGUUAAUGCAUGUCUCGCAUAUAAGAGAGAGGAUCAUAGAUUGGUUCUUUCGCUUCUUUAAUCAAUUUUCCAUCCCUCAAAUAAUUACAUCGCUGAUCAGAAAAAGAAAACGUGAUUCUGAUGAAGAAGAAAAUGAAAAACCUUCAAAAAUUCCUAAAAUAUAAAUUUUCCUGUCCGCUUAAC